UUACUAUCGCAUGUGUUAGGUAACAUAUGUUAUCGCACGCCUGUAAAUAAAUCUCCUGUAAAUACGAGUACACCACGAGAGAGAAGACAUGAAGGUGUACGACUCGAUCGUCGUGGGAGCGGGGAUAGAGGGCUCGUCCACAGCAUAUAAUUUGGUCAAGAAUGGACAACGCACCUUGUUGCUUGAACAGUUCCCCCUGCCUCAUUCUCGCGGAAGUUCUCAUGGGCAAAGUCGAGUUACCAGGAUGGCUUAUGGCGAUGCCGAUUACUACACAGAGAUGAUGAAAGAGGCUUACAGAUUAUGGGAAAAGCUAGAAAAUGAAUCCGGAACGACUAUAUAUACAAAAACAGGACUUCUGCUGGUGGGAAAAGCCGGAGACGAACUAAUUGAUGGAACUGUUCAGGCACUUCGGAAACACUCGGUGCCGUUCACAACACUGGACGGAAAGGCCCUGCGGUUGAAAUAUCCAAUGUUGGCCUAUUCCGAUGAUGUGUCGGGCGUGGAUGAUCACAGUGGGGGUGUUCUAUUCGCCGAUAAAGCUUUGGCGGCUUUUCAGGUAAUGGAUUAUUCUUUCCAGAGGGAGUUUAUUAAGCACGGAGGCGUCCUGCGUGAUAACGAAUCUUUAGUGGACGUAUUCCCGGGAGACAUCGUGACGGUCAAGACAAACAAGGGCAGUUAUAGAGGCCGGAACCUAGUCUUGGCUGUCGGACCUUGGGCCACGAAAGUACUUCCUCCCCUCGGCAUACAUUUACCGCUCAAGGUGCUACGUAUCAGUGUGUUUUACUGGAAAGAGAAGAUUGCAGGAACGUAUGGCGCUGAUAAAUUCCCAACUUUUCUGGGGGGUAACGCCCGUGGAAGCUUUGAUGUAUAUGGCAUGCCUAGCCUAGAAUACCCGGGUUUGUAUAAGUUGUGCCUACACUCCGGACCAGAAAUUGACCCUGACAGACGAGACGACGCUGACAGCACCUGGGUAUUGGAUAAAAUGAAAAAGUUUGUCGCUGAACACUUCCCUCUUCUGGAGCCUCAUCCUGUUAUCACAGAAACUUGUAUUUACACUAACACUCCGGACCACGACUUUGUACUGGACAGACAUCCGGCCUGGCGGAACAUAAUCAUCGGUGCUGGCUUCUCAGGGCAUGGUUUCAAGCUAUCUCCAGUUGUAGGGAAAGUCCUCGCUGAGCUGGUCAUGCGGAAGACGCCAUCCUACAACAUGUCUCAUUUUAGGAUCGACCGAUUCAACAAGUCAUCCAAAUUAUGAACCUAUAAUGACAAAACGAACAAUUCCCCGGACAAUCAUAUCAAUAUGGAACAUGAUUUAAUGGAAACCAAUCAAACCUAGUAAUAUGUUCAAAUCGAUAUCUGUGUGUUCGAAAAUAUUUUUGAUUUAAUAGAACAGUAUAUAUUGAAACAUGCAAUAUCAUCUUCAUGACAAGUAUAUGAUAAAAUGGCUAUCAUAAGACCAUAUCCAUAUCCUAACCCAGAUCAACCAUCUGUCCAUUACAGUCCAUAGGCCGCCGACCCUUCGGAUAUUGAGGUCUACGGAUGAUUAGGAGAAGGAUAUUUUAAUUGUGUUAUGACAGCCUUGUCGAUUGUAAUUGUGGAUUUAUCGUACUGAAUUGGAAGUAAAAUGGAAAUGACAGGUACAUGGCGGACAUGGUGCUUGCUGGGCGUAUAUUUGACAUGUGAACAUUUGAUAUAUUAUUCAAGAUUCUGUAUAAAACAUUGCAUAUAUAACAAAUUAUUCAAAACAGUGAUUUGAAAUUUGAAAACACAAGUUAUUACACCUCCGUCGAGUGACUUUAAUAUUAAUUUCAUUAGCCUAUAGAACAUUGAAUAAAGUGUCACUUGCUAGAAAAGAAAAUGAUUGACUGUGCCAUUUGACCGUGUCAGAUGCUGCCUACAUGAAUAAGAAUGAUCUUAACAACGUCUUUUUAUACGGGUAUAAUAUGAGACAAUAAGCAGAGGGCAACCAAAGUCAAACUGAACAAAGUCUUAAUGGAGUACAAAUAUACCUCACAAGUAUAAACUCACAUGUUCGUACAAAACAAACGAAGUUGUAUAAAAAAAUAUUAUUUUUUCGCUUUACACUUUUUAAGGAACGACCUUCAUUUUGACGGCGUAUACGGAAGUAUGAGUGCAGUUGGUAACGAACAUUUGUUGACUCCGCGAUCGAUCCAGGUAGCAUUAUCAGUAAAUCUAUUUAUGUAGAUGUUUGAAAAUAAAUGUAAGUCAUAGACGGGUUAUUGCAAAUGUUUAUAUGCCUAUAGCUUGUACUAAUUAGAGGAAAAUAUAUGCGGGAAACAUUUAAUACUUGCCAAUAAAACACAACAAUAGUUUAACAUAUGUCAGGUAGUUAUAAAGGAUUCAAAUAUUGAAAUGUCAUUGUGGCUACAAUAAUGGUGUAUGCACCCAUCAAACAUCAACACGAAUAAGUAUACUGCAUCAUAGUGUGACACAAUUUUGUUUUAUUUAGAAAACAAACUGAUAUUCCGUUUGAUAUGUUUUACCAGUAAAAGUUAACAAUUUACUUCCCUCAAAGUAACAAAGACCGACAGAAGAUCUUAUACCAAUCACAAUAUUAAUGAUGAGAGAGAUGUAAUCAAAUUGUAAAUGUAAUACCAACCAUAAUGAAAUUGAUCAAUACGAGUUUUACUGAUUGUUUCUCUAAAACAUUUACCUCAGAACCAGCGACUCAUCUGCAUUGUUUUCCUAUAUGCAUCGCAUUACCAUGAUUAUGAACAAUUGCCCACUCUCCUACCAAUUAAGCGCUAUAAAAGAUAUUCAUAA